UCAGCCAAUUCACGGCUGUACCGAAGUAGUUACUAGUACACAGAGGCCGCUGCAGAUACACGCAAAAUAUUUACUUUUAAAUACGCAACUUCUAUUAUUAGCCACGAUCGAGAACCUGCUUUAGUAAUAACGAAUUUGACCCGGAGUCGUAAAGGCUGUGCAGGGUGAAGUCGGGGGAGACGGACAGGAAAAAAACAAAGAUGGCUGUGUAGCCAGAGAGACGAGUCCCAGCAGAACUGUCUCUAGCCGCGGCUUUAACCACCGACAGGUCCCGUGGACAGUCAGCCGGUACCGGAGCAGGGACGUUAGCCGAGCUGGGCCGCUGGUGCACAUCGUUGUAAUCUGCUGUCAUUGCGAAUAACGGCGUCGAGAGCACAACAACAGCUGAGAGACGCCUGAGUUGUUUUUGUUCUGCCUGGGCAAAGGGAGAGGACUGCUGUGUUUUUGUCAACGUAGCUAGCCGCAUAGUCUGCUAGCAUCACUGUACAUCUCAGAAAUUUCUUGACAGCCGUCGCCAUGUCUUCACUGGAAGAGAGAGACGUGGGCGUUGCGGCCGCCCCUGGCUCCUCCUCGGCCGGCCUGGGGGUCGGGGCCGUGGGGGCAGCGGUGGAGGCUGUCGCCGGGGUCGCAGCCAUGCAGGAGGAGGUCGGGAUGCGGAGAGAAGGGCCCGAGCCUGACCAAGACGAGCCACCCAAGAAGAGGGUGAGACUUCCCGAGGGAGAGUCAGGAAAGCUGGAGGAGAGACUGUACUCAGUGCUGUGCUGCACCGUGUGCCUAGACUUGCCCAAGGCGUCUGUAUACCAGUGUACCAAUGGACACCUGAUGUGCGCAGGCUGUUUUAUCCACCUCCUGGCUGAUUCUCGUCUCAAGGAGGAACAGGCCACGUGUCCCAACUGCAGGUGUGAGAUCAGCAAGAACCUGUGCUGCAGGAACCUUGCCGUGGAGAAGGCUGUCAGUGAGCUGCCGACAGAAUGCACAUUCUGCCUAAAACAGUUCCCCCGCUCCAGUUUAGAGCGACACCAGAAAGAGGAGUGCCAAGACAGGGUGACACAGUGUAAGUACAAGAGGAUUGGCUGCCCUUGGCAAGGUCCGUUCCAUGAGCUGCCAGCACACGAGAGUGAGUGCUCGCAUCCCACUAAGACUGGGACAGAGCUGAUGGGGAUACUGGGAGAGAUGGACCAGAACCACCGCAGAGACAUGCAGCUCUAUAACGGCAUCUUCAGCCUGCUCUGCUAUGAAAAGAUUGGCUUUACAGAGGUGCAGUUCAGGCCAUACCGAACUGAUGACUUCAUCACUCGUCUGUACUAUGAAACACCGCGCUUCACUGUUCUCAACCAGACGUGGGUGCUGAAGGCCCGUGUUAACGACUCUGAGCGCAACCCCAACCUGUCCUGCAAGCGCACCCUCUCCUUCCAGCUCAUCCUCAAAAGCAAGGUGAACUCUGCCCUGGAGUGCUCCUUCCUGCUGCUAAAGGGGCCGUAUGACGACGUGCGGAUCAAGCCGGUCAUCCACCACCACUCCUUCAGCAACGACGCCAACGAGACCGACUACGUCCCUUUGCCCAUCUCUGAUUCAGUGGAGUGCAACAAACUGCUGGCCGCCAAAAACAUCAACCUGCGCCUGUUCAUCUUCCAAGUCCAAAAAUAAAGAGUGAGGGAACAGGAGGAGGAGGAGGAAGAAGAGGAAGAGGGGUGAUGGAUGACGAGGGGCAGAGGGAGAGAGAGAGAGAGAGAGAGAGAGAGAGGAGUGAUGAAGAUUAAAGAGAGACACCACUGAA